AUGGAAGAGGUUUUAUUAUUAAAAGAAGAAAUGGAAGGUAUAGAUGCCAUUAGAGAUAACUGUGAUUUGUCUGAAGAGGAACUUUGGGUGUGGGAUGAGACUCGAAGACGGUUGAAAGAGUUGCAAGAUUUAUUGGACAAAGAUAUACAGCAAAAAGCUAGAUGCAAAUGGGCGGCAGAUGGGGAUGAUAACACAAAAUUUUUUCAUGGAUUGAUUAAUAAAAGAAAGGCUUCUAACAGUAUACCGGGAUUGACGAUUAAUGGAUAUUGGGAAACGAGACCGUCUAAAGUCAAAAAAGAGGUAUUUCGUUUUUUCAAGGAAAAAUACGUUGAGGAUAUGCCGAGUAGACCAAAAUUGAGAGGUUAUAAUUUAAAGAGAUUGUCUGAAGACGAAGCGGCUUCAUUAGUCGCUCCUUUUUCUGAUACUGAAGUUAAGCAGGCAUUGUUUGGGUGUGGAAGUGACAAGGCUCCAGGGCCCGAUGGUAAUAUUAGCCGAGGAGUGGGUUCGUCAUUUAUAACACUCAUUCCCAAAUCUUCGACUCCGUCUGGCUUAGGAGAUUACCGUCCGAUUACUCUUAUUGGUGUUACCAGUAAGUGUGAUUAUAGCUUGGGCGAAGCAAAUGGGGAAGAGAUGUUCAUUUUUAAAAUAUAUUUUCAAAAGGCGUAUGACAAUGUUCAUUGGGGUUUCCUUAUUGAGAUGCUUCGUCAGUUGGGUUUUCCUGAGCUUUGGUGUUUAUGGGUGGAGGGUAUUCUAAAUUCAGCGUGCUUUGGUGUUUAUGGGUGGAGGGUAUUCUAA